ACUGCUCUUUAUGGUAUUCACACUCAAGAAAAAAAGAACUUAGUUUAGAAAUUGAAAUACCAAGGAACAAACUCCGAGAGCAUAAAUCCAAAUAUGAUAGAGAACUAAUAUAUAAUAGGUGACUUUGCAAAUUUUGAUAAAGAAUUAAUAUUUAUUUACUAUAGUGGUGAAAGAUCCCAAAUCAAUCAAUGGGCCGUACUAAUAAAUUAGUUUCCUAAUUGGUGUUUGUGUUAAAAGGGUAGUAUCAGUGCCUCGUGAUUGAUAACACUAGUGUUAAUGGUUGCUAGUACUACUUGUAAAAAUGGUCAUAAAUUUUGAAAUAUGAGAGGUGGAGAUAUAGGUGUGUUAUGUAGAAACACAUGGUGUUACUUCUUUUCAUAAAUCAUAACACCUGAUGGCAAUUUAGCAGGUUCUGGAGAGAUGGAGAUAUAGGUUGGAGAAAUCACACGGAGAUACACAACUGGUACAAGUACAAGUAUGCACUGAGAUAGCGAUAGAGUGCUGUGACUUUAACCCAGCGAAAAGACCAGAUAUGCAGGAUAUAAUUGAUAGGCUUGGUGCAACACAAAAUGUGGAUGAAUUUGCUGCUGAAACUGGAUGUAGUAGUUCAUCCGUACCAAAGGUUGCUGGUUCGUGGAAAGGGGGCGUGCCUGACCAUUGGAUACAAUUGGCACAGCAUCAGGAAAGGGCGAGCAAGAAGCUGCACAUCUCGCUGGCGAAGAUCAAGGCUGCCACGGACAACUUCCACGAGCGCAACCUUAUUGGCGUCGGCGGGUUCGGGAAUGUGUACAAGGGUGCGCUCGGCGAUGGCACGCCUGUGGCGGUGAAGCGUGCCAUGCUCACCUCGAAGCAGGGGCUGCCGGAGUUCCAGGCGGAGAUCGUGCUGCUGUCCGGCAUCCGGCACCGGCAUGUGGUGUCGCUCAUCGGGUACUGCACCGAGCAGGCGGAGAUGAUACUCGUGUACGAGUACAUGCAGAGAGGCACGCUGCGAAGACACCUGUACGGCUACGGCGAGCCGGCACUGCCGGCACUGUCCUGGAUGCAGCGGCUGGAGAUCUGCAUCGGGGCGGCGAGGGGCGUGCACUACCUGCACGCAGGCUACUCGGAGAACAUCAUCCACCGCGACAUCAAGUCGACCAACAUCCUCCUGGGCGACAGCAACCGCGGCAUGAUACCCAAGAUAGCCGACUUCGGGCUGUCGCUCACCGGGCCGUCUUUCGGGCACACGCACGUGAGCACGAUUGUGAAGGGAAGCUUCGGGUACCUGGACCCGGAGUACUUCCGGCGGCAGCAGCUUUCGGACCGGUCGGACGUGUACUCGUUCGGCGUGGUGCUGUUCGAGGUGCUAUGCGCGUGGCCGGCGCUGAACGUGAGCCUGCCGAGGGAGCAGGUCAGCCUCGCCGAUCACGCGCUGCGCUGCCAGAGGAAUGGGACCCUGGACGAGAUCAUCGACCCGCUGCUGGCGGGCAAGAUCGCGCCGGACUGCCUGAAGAAAUUCUCGGAGACGGCGUGGAAAUGCUUGUCGGACUACGGCGUGGACCGGCCGUCCAUGGGCGACGUGUUGUGGAACCUGGAGUACGCGCUGCAGAUGCAGGAGACCUUCGAAAACGGGGUCAGCCACUAGUGCAGAACCGGGCAAUAGCACCGGUUCGUAAGGCCCUUUAGUGCCGGUUACAUAACCGGCACUAAAUUGUGGUCACUAAAG